UUUCCCUGUUCCCUUUGGGAGGGGCAGAAACCGGGGGCAGCUCUCUUGUGUAAUGUCCCCUCCUGUGGCUGCAGUACCGGGCUGGCAUGAUGGUAUAUAAGCUGGUGCAGCUGGGCGCUGGGCAUCCUGGCAUAGCAGCACCAUGAAAUCAGGCCUCCUCCUCCUGGGGCUCCUCACCCUCUGGGCUGAUCCGCCAUCUGCCUCUGGGCAGCUCUGUCCAGUGAAAAAGGGCGAGUGCUCCGCUCCCAUCAACAAGAGGGCUGCGAACUGCGAUAUCUUCUGCUCCACUGAUGCUGACUGUCCCGGAUCCGAGCGCUGCUACAGCACCGGCUGCGGGAGGGAGUGCAGACUCCCCGUAGGAGUAAACCCAGGGUACUGCCCGCAGGUUGACCCCAAUGGUAUGACCAUCUGCCUUGUGGAAUGCAAUAGCGACAGGCAGUGUGGACUGGGCCGGAAGUGCUGCAGCCAGGGAUGUCAUGUGCAGUGCGCGGGGGCUGUGCCAGCCAAACCUGGCACCUGCCCCAAGAGGAGAGUGCUGCAGACGUUCGUGCCGUGUGAGAAUAAGUGCAGAGACGACAGGGACUGUCCCAACAGGGAGAAAUGCUGCUUUACUGGCUGUGGCCUCGGCUGCCUGGCCCCUGAAACAGGUGACGUUUGCCGACUCCCGCCUGAGAGGGGCCAUUGCGCACAACGGCUCCUUCGCUUCUUCUACAACCCGGCCUACAGGACGUGCCAGAGAUUCUAUUAUGGCGGCUGCCGGGGCAACGGGAACAACUUCAAAACUCUCCGGGCGUGCCGGCAGGCCUGCAGGACAACCGAGAAACCUGGGUUCUGUCAUGUGUUCCCCCCAGACACCAUAGGGAUCUGUGCUCUGCUCUGCUUCAGUGAUGACGACUGCCCUGGAGCAGAAAAGUGCUGCAGUGUUGGGUGUGGCCGGACUUGCCAAACCCCCGUGGCAGGGCCGACCAGAGAGAGAGACUGGGAAGAGCCGAGAGUGUGACCGCAGGGCCUGUGUGGGGACAGGACAGGAUCCUGCAAUACGGCCCCCACCUGACACCCACCCCCAAUCGCCCGUGGGCCUGAUCUCGCCCAGCACAUGGGUUGUGUAAUAAAGAGCUUAACUCA